CCUAUCUAACGUCCUCAACAUCAAAAUUUAAGAAUUUAGUUUGUCUGUUAAUAACGAAGAGAAGGAAACUAAGCCACCGAUAUCAGACUUCGUUGACUUUACGCUGAGAUUCUAACCAGCAUCUUUGAAGUUCUUACGUGGUUAAUCGUGUCAUGUCUCAAUUCCAUCCAACAUGUAAGACAUACAUCGAUGCACUUGGCACAAAAGCCUUUCCGCGGGUGGCUGACAGUUGCGUUUUUCCGAGAAUUUCUGGCACGGCCAGCUUCUCAAGAUUCUGGGUUUUCGAGAUCACUCUAAGACCACAAAUCACGAAUAAUCAUUCUUGCAAGAAAAACACUUAUAAAAAAUGAAAGGAACUUUUUUCAUGGCUACCUUUAUGUUCUUGCUAUCUUUUGUAACAUGAUACAAGCUAUCGCAAUUGUGCCUUCAGUCAAUCUAUCAUGGCUAGACGUGACUACUAUACACUUAGGGGAGAGAUCACUGUGUUUAAGGCGUCGUCACUUGGAAAGACAUGAAUCGAGGGAAAUAAGCCAAUCCCAAAUAGAUAUUCACAACUUAACCUUUCAUAACAGGAAAUGACGUUCCCUGUUACAGAUAUUGACGUAAGAAGCAAAACUCUGCGUGUGCAAGUAUCCAAUAUAAAAAGAACUAAGUUUCUACGUAGCUUAGAAGACAACCAACAAUCAAGAACGUUGUUAUCAAGAAUCGAUUUGGGCGGUUACUGACGUGCUGUUUUUUACAAAUUCAAACAUGGGUUCAAGACUUUUUCACCGUCUUAGUUCUUCAGCAGCCCUGUUUAGUCGAAAAGAUUGUUUUUUCUGGACAAACAAACGUCUAAUUUCCUGUCUGCAAGAAGGGCAAGUGGUUGUGCGACUUGCAAAAGCAAGUGACUUUGACGAGGUACUUAAACUGUCUAAGAAACUUAAUGACACGUUUGACUAUGUCCCCUACAGAUUUCAUAAAUGGCUUCUGGAGUCCAACAGAAUCUCUUUGGUUGCCGAAAAAGGGACAGAGGUAGUUGGUUUCGAAGAAUGCUCCAUCGUCGAUGGGGAAAAAUCAGUGCUUGUGGAAGCUGGAAGAGUUGAUCCUAAUCACAGACGUCAUGGUAUACUCGGUUUACUAAGGGCUCUUACACCUGUGCUUAUCCGGGAAAAAUUCCCAAAAGUUGUGCGUACCAGGUACACGGUGUGGUCUGGGGCUUAUCAAGGAGUGAGAAAAACGAACCAAAAGCAUAACAUCUGCGAUAAAGAACUGUACCACUAUGAUUUUUUAACCUACAAAGUUGAGCCAGAACAUGUCAGUUUGAAAUACAAUUUAGAAAACCGUUCGAAACUUCAACCUUGCCCAAAGGAAGAGUUUAAAAAACGCAUUCUGGAAAACGCCAGUACCAGCUCUCUCUUUCCUAAUAACAUGCUCGUCAUUGAUUGGCAACCGUUUAAAGCUAUCCCAGCCAACUUCAAAUUCAUCGUACAAGACCAGGAUCGAUAUUUCGUCGAUUCGUCAAACGGUCUUGCGAGAACUUUGACAUCUUUUAGUUUGGGAAGAUUUGUACAGCUUGUUCGUGGCAUGAUGUGGACAUCGACUAUCUACGCUAGGGACUCAAAGCUAUGUCAGUCCCACGUGAUCCAUCAAUUGAUGAGUGCCUGUCAAACUGCAAAAGGAAGUUUUCUAUUCAGCACCUUUCAAGACCCAUCACUUACAAGGCAUUGUGAAGAAGCCCUAACGGACAUUCCGGGGGUUACAAAGAUGAAGGAAGAAGAGUCUACCCAAAAGAUGUUUAUCUUUGAGGGUGAAUAGCAAGAUUAAGAUAAUAUAAUCGAUGAAUCGAUUGUAGCAGCAGCUAGUUCCAUGCUAUUUUACGUAUGGAGGUUAGGAAAUACCUCUCAUGUAUAAAUACCCUUUCUCAAUCUCCAAGACCUCUGAUUUUCUGCUGGCGUAUCUCUAAUAUCCCUUUUACUGCUUUUUAUAUUGUUAUGUUUCCUUGAACAAGUUUGGUUAAAUGUUUUGUUUAUCACAAAUUUAUACACAGCUAGGUUUAGAUUAUCCUUAAUUUAUUUACCUACCUGUUUAUACUCCUGAUUUUACCAUGUUUCUACUAUCAUUUUUAUGUCCUUGAUGAUGUUAAUUAAUACCUCUCGCAUGCAGUUUUUAAAAGAGACUAUUCAACUAUUUCAAUGUUUAUGCCUUAAAAUACUCUCACACAGAUUUGUACAUAAUCGGAGUAAUCAUCGUUCCAUGUAAAUGACGUACACUUACAGACUUAUUAGCAUUUUUCACUUUAGGUAUUUGUUUUUCUAAAUCUAAUUUGGUAGAUUUCAGAUCUAUCAUUCACUAAAUGUAGCACAACAUCUUCCUUUUCUCAUUUUUCAAUCAGUUAUUGGUAUUUUUAUUCUCGGAUAUUGAUUUUAACGCUAGAGCCUGGAUGAAGAUCGCUCUGUAUAAUUCUGGUUUACUUGGUCCGAAUAAAGUGUUGUUGUUGU